CUGCGGCGCUCAUGUCGCGGGUGGGGGGCGAUGGCACCGCCGCGCUGGAGCGGGCCGGGGCGGAAGCGGUGAAGCGGGCGGUGGAGCUGGAUCUGGCGUCUCGGUUCCAGGAGUCACUGGUGUGCUACCAGGAGGGCAUCGACCUCCUGCUGCAGGUGGUGAAAGGUACCGAGCGAGGGGCGACGGCCGUUUACCACAGCUGUAGCGGCGCCACGAAAGAUGAGGCAAAAAAGCACCGUUACCGGCAGAAAAUAUCCGAGUACAUGACCAGGGCUGAAGACAUUAAAAAGAACACUGAAAAAGAGAAACGAGAGGGCAAAUACCAUAAGCAAAUCAGGAUAGAGGAAAAUGCAACGGGUUUCAGCUAUGAAAAGCUUUUCCAAGAGUACCUUACUGAGGUUGUUUCUGAAGUCUGGGUGGAGGACCCAUACAUAAGGAGUGUUUAUCAGUUGUAUAACUUCCUGCGAUUCUGCGAGAUGCUAGUUAAGGGGCCGUGCAAAGUGAAAACAAUCUACCUCCUCACUUCCUGUGAUGAAGGCAGUGGGAGGAGUCAACAGAUAAAUGGCUUGGAAGAAAUACAAAAAUCAUUGAGGAAUUAUGGAGUAACACUGAAUUUUGAAUUUUCAUCUUCAAUACAUGAUCGAGAAAUUAGAUUCAACAAUGGAUGGAUGAUUAAGAUUGGAAGGGGUCUUGAUUAUUUUAAGAAACCACAGGGUCGUUUCAGCAUUGGAUACUGUGACUUUGACUUGCGACCUUGUCAUGAAACAACAGUGGACAUCUUUCAUACUAAACAUACAAAGAAAAUGUGAUCAGAUAUGACUGCUUUUAAUGAGUGGUUUUAUAAGCAUAAAAAUCUAAGACUAGAAGAUGCUGCUUGAGUCCAGCUGUACACCCUCAGAAGCAAUUCUUCUAAGUACUUAGUCCACACAGCUUUUAUAAUCCAUAGAUUUAAGAAUAGUUGAGACUUCUGAGAAAACACAACUGUACAAUUCCACCACUGUACUUCUCUAAUAAUAUUAAUUAAUACAGUCCAUAUCUAUAUUUGAUCUUGAUUUCUUAACAGACCCUCAAUACUGUCUCUCAGAGGCCUCUUUACUGUCAUUUCUAUUUUCACUAUUAAUUUUGUCUUGGGCAAAUUUAUUUCUUUAUAUCUUUAAUUGACCACUUGAUAAACAUUGGAAGCUGGGCUGCUUCAUGUCCUCUUUUAUAAGCAGCCAUAUUUAUUUCCUUUAAUUCCUGUAUUCUAGUCAUGACUACUGUUCUGCUGUGUUUUACUCAAUCCCAUAAUACCUAAUUUCACAGACUUUACUAGUAAACCCAGAUCUAACAUUCAGUUUUCCAACCUCCUUGAGCACAAGCAUUGUAGUGUUCAAUGUACAGACAUUUUAGGGUUGUCUUGCAUGUCUCUGCUUGAUGAAUUUUUUUGCUGGAAGGGAUGCAAACAACUCUGUUCUUUUCCAUGUCAAUCCUGUAUGUUCUUUUAUUCUGUAAUGUAUGGUCAUAUACCUGAUUUCCAUCCUUUAUGUCCAGCAUGGAAAGGUGGUAUGAUCCUCUCCCAAUCUUUUUCCCUGACUUGCCAGUUUAAUGUCAUUACAGCUAGUUAUACCAGUCUGAACUGCAGUAAGCUAUUUCCCUGCUACUAAGAUAGUGCCCUAAAAAAAAAAAAAAAAAUUAUUUUUAAAUUCUUUCAGAAGUGGGAUACCCUGAAACUUUCUUGUUAAUAAUGAUUCCAACAAAUAUGCUAAUUGGAAAAAAGGCAGAGUCUUUUCUUGUCUUCCCUUCAUCUUCUGGAAAGGGGAAGGUAUCACCUGAGAUGCAGCUGCUUUUUCUCCUAGUUUGAAAGUUCUUGACCAUUGUCGGCAAGAAUCCAGCAAAGUUGUAUAUUCUGACAUGAACCUCUUUUGCAGGUCCGAUCAAAAUCUUUUCAGCCUCAGGACUGAUAGGUGACUUACAUUUUCUGCAUCUUGUAAUAAAGUAUGCCUCCAUAUUCUAGUAGCAUGUACAUUGCUAGAAAUUUUUCUCCUAUGUUUCUUCUUCCUGAUGGCUGGUAUAUUCUAUUAUCUCAUUUCAUUCUUUAUUCUUCUUUCACCUUCUAUCAUCUAAUGCUGCUAUUCUUAGUCUUGUCUCUAAUACAACAAAUCUAUUCCACAGCUAUCAGUAAGAAACAGCUGGUGUUUGCCUUGUUUUCUGGGUGACAAUUUGCCAGUGGUCUGCCUGUUUUAUCCUUUUGCAUAAUCGUGCCUCAGCUUUUCAGUGUUACAUCAGCAAAAAGAGUAACAUACGUGCUACAGAAGCUGUAUGUUACCUGUUGGUCCUCCCAGACAUUCCAUAGAAGCUUCCUGGCUUGCUGCUGUGUUACUUGGGUUCUGAUCACUGUCAACAGUUUUAUUCAGUUGUGUAUAAUAUAUGCCUUUUUUUAAUGGGAAUAAAGGUUAUUUUUUAUUAUUUGUA